CUCAUCCCCAAGACGCAGUGUUAUCGCACGCUCAACUUGAUUACCCACACUAUCAAUCUUUCUCGCCUCCAUUUUUUCCAACUCGCUGCGCUCGUCUCUGUAAUCAACAACCACCAGGGCGGGCGUCUCGUUGCGCAGCCGUCGAACCGGAUGGAUGCGCUGCUGUUGAUGGGCGAACGUGGCGCGGGGCAGUCUCGAGCUGACUUGAUACCCGUGGGAGGAAGCCGUGGAAGCAGAGAUGACGGAUAACCCGGCUCUGUGUCUACACGCAUGGACCGCGAGUCUGCUGGAGCUCGUGCCUAUGCGGACGUCGUCCGUUAGGAGGUCCUGACGGGUCCUUUGCUGAGGAUCGUCGUUGGCACUACGGCCGCGGAGUGUCCGGACACCCGCCUACUAGGAGCUCUCGAGGCCGAUACCGCGUCUGGCUGAUGGAGCUGCUUCCUCGCGUCGCACCCAGAUGCGUAGCACAGCCUGGACAGCGGCAGUGGCCGAGGACCAAGAGAAGGCGACAUGUGUCGGUCGGCUCCCGGAGUGUUUCUGAGAGGCUCGCCAGAACGCUUGCACUCUUUGGGGCAGACCGCUCCUCUCCGACUCCUCGUUAUGCCGGAAUCGCUGGCAAAUGGACGUCAAAUGAGAGGGCGCCGAUAACAUCUCCGCGUAUGCUGCGUCUCAGCACGACCACGGCGUGCAUGGCUCGUCAUAUCUGUGCAGUCGACACAUUCGAUCGGAAGACUGAGGGAGUGGGCGAUGAGGACUUACACACGGCGAAUCGAUCUGUCUGGUCAAUCGAGCGCCGCGCACGGAGAGCUCAGACGGACACCGAGAGAGCAUCAGGGCCAAUCCGAAUCGCCACAGAAACCCGCAUGAAAUGCGCGAUCGCUGCCAUCCGAUUCCGGUCCCGUCGCUUCUCGAUUCCAGCCGAGAUCCAGAACGAACCCACGUCCCGCGCCCGCACUCAGCACAUCACAUCAGCCCCGCAAUGACGCACCGUGAAUGUGCCUGUGCCUUUACCGGUGGUCCGAUGCAUCUGCUCUAUCCCGAAGCGCUGCGAUGGCUCCCGCACGCUCGAGUCUGGCCGCUGAGGCUCGGACGGUCCUGUCGGUCGCCACCCGCCGCCGUGUCUUUGGAUCAGGCUUGACGCGCAGGCUGCAUCCAGUCAGCGUCUAAUGCAAUCCACGGAAGAGCAGAAGACGUACUUACUCCUGUUGUCACGCGCGCGGACCGCCCGCGACGACCUCUGGCUCGGUCCCAGUCAGCCAUCUUUGACGACGCUCGCGCAGUCCGCCUCGUGUGGGCGGCCAACGCCCAUGGUAUUCUCGAGCUGGAUGAGAGUACGAUGCGCGAGCCCCUGGCAGACCCGAAAAGGAAAUUGGAGCAGCCGCACUCAGCACACUUCCCAUCCGUGAUCCAGACGCGACGCGAUGCAUCCAAACGUAGAUCUCAUGUAGAGUAUGGACUGGAAGACUCGUGCAUGCGGGGUCUCAUGAACUUUGCGACGCGCUAGUUUCGAGAGUCGGGAGAACUGCGGCCGGAUGAAGUCGACCUGGUGGACGAGGGGGGAUGGAAAGAGGAUGGGCGCGUUGGCUAGGAUGUGGUGGUGGUGGUGGUGGUGAUGUUUCACCGGGCAGCAAACGUGCUGGGGGUGUAAGGGAGUGGUGGCCAUCUGCAGUGGUGCCUUUCACCGGGAUCCCCGGGCAGAACAAAGAUCGCUGCAUAUGUGAAUCUGACACGUCUGGCACGACGUUGCUACUGCUGCUACAUACCAUUCCCAAUGCCAUGAGGCAGUCAUGUCUCUGCUCUGACUCCAAGGAGUCAAAUUAUCCCGCAAUGCCUUGAACCGAAUAAGGGACCAUUGCAACUAGAUGCAGUCAAAUCACACAGCCACUAUACUUGGCAUGGUGUUUACCUUCCUCCUCGGUUGCUCCACCGCUGCUGCUUUCGCAACGUGAUUUUUAUUCGUAUCCCUGCUCCUUGCAUCCCAACUCAUCGCGGGGCUCGAUGAACUAACGCGUGUGGCAAAGGAAACGACUGGUGCCUUUGAUCACGUGGCCGGACAGCCCAGCACACGACAAGUCUGAACUCCGUUUCGAACAGCGCCAAAGCGUAUUCCAUCUUUGCGGAUAGUGUUUCUGACGCAGUUCAAAUCCGUCGGAGAUAUCAGAGUCGACACACACGCGACGAUUCACUCGCAUCGUCUGCCACAAAUGUGAGCUAUUCUGACUCGCCUGGAAAGUGCAGCGCAUACAUACAGCGCUUGCGGUGUUCUCUGAUCUCGGUAAACCAGAAUUUGUACUCGAAUGGCAGAUUGAUCCACUUUACCAUCAUCAAUUGUCGGAUAACUCUUACUGCGCGCGCGCGCAUUCGAAAGCUAAUGUCACAGAAAUAAAAACCUCAAUUCUUGGAGUCAACGACCCCGUUGGGAUCCUGAAAACUAGUGCGUCAAUGCCUGCUGAAUGUCAAGUUGACUUUACACAUGACCACGAUCGGAGUCAGAGCUCCCUCUGUUGAAUCUCGGAAGACAGUUCGCGGGCGUUUUCGCAGCCUAUCCGCUUCACUUGUCGCUAUAAAGAGCCCUUCAGAGGAGACCUGCAAAUAACAAGGCUUCAUUCAUGGCAGCCACUACAACCGUCGGAAUCGUCUCAAUUCAUCGAGCUCCGGAGAACGUUCCCAAGCACGUUCUGGAUUUGGCACUGAAGCAGCUUGUGGACGUCCUGGUCAUUCAUCCUUUCGUGCAGCAGAACUUCAAGAAAGUCGAACUGGUCUUGCAGACGACGUACCUGGACGAGCACUACAAGAAAGUGGGACUCGAACAUCCCUUCCCCACAGCCGUGCUCCUCAUCGAGUGUGACAGCGUCGAGAACUACGUCAAAGUCCUCACGCACCCAGACCUCGUCCCGCUCUUCGCCGGAGCCGACGCGCAGUUCGGCUUCAAAUCCCAUGCAUCAGUAUUCUCGGCGGACGUGGCUAUUCGGCUGCACCGCCCUGCGCCCGAGGACGGCAGCCCCCACGCGACGGCGAUGGCGCUCAUGAAGGUCCCACACGGGCUGCAUCCGCAGGAGCACAACGCAAGCCUCGACGCGUGCUUCGAGGAGUGGAUCCGCAUGCCGCAACAGGAGAAGCAUCUGCGGAAGCAUGUCAUCUGGACCCCGAACGAUGAACUGGAUGGGCAUCUCGCCGAGAUUGGGUUCCCGAAGCGCGAGCACCUUCUGAUUGCGGAAAUACAAGGAGAGACAGUCGAGGAUCUCAAAGCGAUCCUUGAACAUCCAGAACUGGACGAUCUGUUUCGGGGCCGGACCAAAUGGGGGCACCCGUUCGAGAAUAGCGACUGUUUCAGCUCUGAUGUCACGACUCGUUUGGCUGUGGAUGAGACUGGCCGUGUUGUUGUGUUCCCAGACAUCCCGAUGUAAGUCGAUUUGCGGGAGUCGGAGAGUUUUUCGUACAAUGUUUGUCUCGUUGAUAUUGAAUGGAAGUGAGUCUAAGAUGAUGAAGGAAA